GGGGUUAUGCUAUGGUCCAAGUACUAUGAUGAUAAGAAUGGAUAUAGUGCUUCCAUAGUGAAAAAUGUAUAAGGAAGUGGGACACCAGCUAGCUGAUGCGGUUUAGCCAUUAGUGUUCCUUUCUUCCAAAUAAAAUUCAACAAGGACUCGAGUCUAAAGAUCUAGACUUGGGGGCAACUGCAGAACGGCUUCUAAAUUCAUCUAUCUACUGGUUAUACCAAAAGCAUGAAAUGGAAAACACAAUGGUGAGUCAAAACCAUUUGGUGAAAUCAAAUGAUAGUUGCGCAAGCAAAGUUGCUGUUGAAUUGGCAGGACUUUUACUCAAGGAGCCAAAGGACUUCGCUGCUAUGCACAAAAAGAGAAGUCCAUCCUGCCAGGCAUCUGAUCCGGGAUCUGGUGGAUCUGCUUCAGUAGAUAUAAUUUUGUUUCGCAUGGAAAUUCUACAAUCAGAGAUUGGAAUAAGUAUCGAGGAGCCUCUGAAGCAGAAGUUUGUAAAACAGAUUUGCUUGCUCUUGGAAUCCAUCCAAUGUCAUCUGGAGGGUGGCUUUUUUGGUGAUUGGAGACUAGAUGAUUACGUGGGAAAAAUCAUAAAGAGCAGGUAUUAUCACACUCUUCCAGAUGUGGUUGAUAGAAUCUAUACAAAAAUGGAUUUGUUGCUGUUUGCUGAGGAUGAAAUCCCCAGCUGCUCAUUCAACAGUGAGGACAGUAACCAGUCCCAGAGGGAAAAGCAAGGGAAAAUCAAGAUAGAUGAAAAUUUGAGAAUAAGGGAACCAAUAUUAGCAAAUGGUGAAUCCGUCCAACUGCAGAAACAUGAUAAGAGAAACCCCCAAGAGACUAGAAGUGAGGAACAUGCCCUUUGGGCUCCAAAGCAGCCAAAGGCAAUGAAACCAAAAUCUGAUCCUUCAAAAAGGCUGUCAAAAAGGAAGGAUAGUGAAGAAGAAAGCUAUGACUCUGUAUGUGAGACCCCAAUGACAGGAAGGAAAAGAUCGUGCCCUAAUGGAAAAGGCAUUGAUGAUGAAGACUGCCAAGACUCUGGGACACUGGCAUACGGUUAUGUCCCCAAGGCUCUAUUUCAAGAUUAUUUGUGAAUAAUUGCAAUCAAAGCAAAAUUUUCUUAAGCUGUUCAAAUGGUGCCAUGAAGACAAUGCUUCUCCAUGAGAAGAUGCAAGCUUAGUAAGAAACUACCUCCCAUUUAUAUGCGAAGGUAACAUCGUAAAUUUAGUUAGAAACUUUUUGAUCUUUAUCAUCAGUCAUGACCCUCAUCCAUCGUUUAGAAUACUGAUUUACCUUGCUGUUCUAAUUUUAUUUAAGGAAAGAACUGAUGCAUUGUUGUGCUACCAUGUCGUAAGCUUAGAUUCAUG